AUGAAACGAACAACACGUUGGAUGAUAAUCUGUGUCUAUUACAUAUCACAAUUUCUGGGUAUAGUGGCCUUUUCCUUCAACUAUGACUCGGGAAAAUUGAAAACAAAUUUUUUCAUCACUUUGUACAGCUGUCUAGUAAGUGCUUUAAUGUUUACUUCGGUAGCCCUGCUAUUUCGUGUACAAUGGAAGCCCAGAAAUGCUAAUGGACCUGAGCUACACUAUAAAAUCACUGCCGUAAUCUGUUUGGUACGUAUAAUAGCGGUUCUUAUAACAGUAAUGUUAAAUUGGAUCAAACGUAAAGAGUUUAUGAGAACCAUAAGAGAUUUUCAACAUUUACGUUAUAAUUUAUUUAAAAAAUAUGUAAUGUCAACGAAAGUGCAGAAAUAUUUUGAGAAAUCUAUAAGAGCCAAAUUCUAUUGGGGUUUGAUAUCGAAUAUUAUAACAUUUUAUGGUUCUUUUGAUGUAUUACGGGGCAUUUUUGAUUUGGAGUCACCGCUGGUAAUAAUAGGUUUAGGAGCCAUGUCAACGGUUUUGAAUGUAAUAAUGACCCAUCACUACUUCGCUUUACUCAAUGUAAAUGCUCUUUUGUCUGUUGUCAAUGAGGAGGUGCAAAGAAUAUUAAAUACUUCAUCAGUUUUAUUUAAGUUACAACGUUUAAAACGAAUCAAACCUGGAGCCCUAAUAACAUCCUGUUGCAAUUUGGCCGAUGAAUUAGAUGACUUGGCUGUUAAUCAAUAUAAACUACAACUUAUAGGAGAACGAGUACAACGAAUAUAUGAUUGGCAGGGUGCUUGUAUAACGUUGACUGUGUAUAUGAAUAAUAUUAAUAUCAUAUAUAUGGGCUAUAUGAUUGUACAGCAUGAGCAACUUUCCCAGAUGAGCAUGUUUUGGACUCUAAUAAUUUUAUCAAUAUUGUUAUUUUUCUUUUAUAAGGAUUUACAUUUAUUUAUGGUAAAUAUGCUGAAUUUUUGUGAUAAUGUGCAGAGAACUGCAGAUUUGUUGAAAAAUCGUCAACCCUGGUUGCCAACAUUGGAUGAGAGAUUUGAAAAGAGUGUGAGUAACUUUUCCAUUCAAUUGGCUUUAUUUCCUUUGGAAAUGAAAUUGUUGGGUUUAUUUAAAUUUAGUCGUUCUAUGUCAUUUGCCACCUUUGGCUCCACCAUAUCGAAUGCUAUUGUUUUAAUGCAAUACGAUUAUAAAUAUAAUAAGAAUUAA